AAAUUUAUGUUUGGUGAAAAAUGUCCAUUUAUAUAUACAAUAUAAAUCGAUUAUGUUAUUAAUUUUACAAACAAUUAUCCAAAUAUACAUAUGGCUAGUCAUUGUUCCGAGAAUGGUUGCACUAGAAGAUCCAAAAGAUUGGAAGACAAUAGAAAUGGUAGCGGAGGAACAUCCUUACGUUGUCGCCUUGCUGGACGGCGCGCUAUUCUACAUGUGUACUGGCACUAUUAUAAAUGAUCGCACCGUGUUAACCUCUGGUAAAUGUCUUAAAAACGACUUAAAAUAUGUCGCAGUAACCAUCGCGGCUUUCGACAGAAUCUCAGUAAACAGUAAUGUCUUCACGAUCGCUUUUAAAAGAAGACACGGCGAAUACUCCUUCCAAUUAAAACCGAACUCCGACAGUGAUGCAAUCAAAAUGCAAAAUAAUAUCGGUCUCGUACUGACUGUGAAACCUCUACUUGAGUCGUUGGUGAGCCGGCCACGGAUCGGUAAUUUGAACUAUAAGAAGUUAAAGAAAGCCGCAUUGGUUGCUGUCGGUUUCGGGAAGAUAAAUAGACGAGUGAUAGCCAUACAGAAGCAAAUAUACCAAAAGGUGUCUUGUAUAAAUUCAAAUUGGAACAAUUGUGUUUGUGGAAUAGAGGAGGAUUCCAAUUUGAGAACUUAUGUGGAUCAAUUCGGUGAGGGAGGACCGGUGCUGUUGGGCUCGGUAGUAGUUGGAAUAGUAUCGUUUCCAUGUGCCUCAAUGUCUGUAUCGUCUGUGGCCACGUACAAUGUAUUCACUGUCAUCGGACCCUAUGAAUAUUGGAUCAAUAACGCUUAUGAGUCACCUAUGAGAUUCAUAUCACAAGAAGCUCAAAUAUCCAGUUUUCAAAAAAGAGUGGAACCGAAUUAUUUAUAUUUAUAUUUACUAAUUUUGCAAAUGUUUUGAUGAUUUUUUUCUUAUGU